AUGGCUUCCCAACAGGAGGAGUCGGGCCCGAAAACCCAACUACACAGGCUACCGACUGAGAUCGAUUACUUCGAGAUUGAGAAUGUGACUAUUCUUGAGAAAGAUACUGGUUUCAAGGAUUGGAGACUCAUGAUUAUUUGCUCACUUCUGCCCUUCGGAUGCCAUAACCUCAUUCGAUCAGAUAUGCCACGCCCCAAACCAGCAGACACAAGUUACAUGGUUUGGUAUUAUUAUUCCGCUUUCGUCGGUCAGUGGCUUUACAAUCAGGUGUCCGACAGCAUCAGAAGCGAGCUGGUCGUUGCCCGCAUGACGUGGAAAGAUGGCUUCUUUGCUGAUGUCGUGAUGGAGAGAAUUGAGAAGAUCGUACUGGGAAAUGGCCGCGUCGGAAGCAUCCUUGUCAACAACAUACACAAUUUUUGGUCCAUCAAUCGAAACCAAUACGACUCCGCCAUCGACUACAUCAAUGAUUUCUACGCGCAGAUGGAUCUCUUGCACGAGUUGAAAGUUCCUAUUCCUUGGAUAGUUGCUCUUGGAAAGAUACUGCAAGAACUCACAGACGAGCUCCCGUCGGCUGUAUUCUUGGAGGAUAGGAUAAGGGAUAUGUCGCCCGAGGAAAUCACGGAGGAGAAGUUCCUCGAAUUGUGUGAAAGUCUACGGUUCGCGGCCCGGCACCAGGAUACUUGGUCCAAGAAAGCAGCAAAUUCCGAUGACUCUGAAGCCAACGCCGAUCGCAACAACAACAGCAACAACAAGAAGAAGAAGAACAGGAAGAAGAAGAAGAAGAAGACGAAGGACAGGAUGCCUUAG